AUGGAGGCAGCAGCAUCCCUUUUCCUUGCGUUGUACUACCACUGGGAGCAUUCGCAAAUUGCAAGCAAAAAGCCUACCAAAGGCCGGCAUCAGCCCACAUUCUUGGCAGCGAAAAAGUCAGCCGGCGCCCCUUCUGGAUUGGCAGGAAUGGCUCAAGCAAAUCCAACCCCCAUACGAGUCGCCGUGGCAGUAUCCAGCAAAAGUCCACAUUGGACCACAGCGUGGGAGCAUCCAGACGAGAUAAUUCAAAUGGCUACCAAGUACCUGAGAGAAAAAGACAUAAUAAAAACCGACGACUCGACCCCAUUCUUCCUAGCCAAGGAAAGAUAUGCAACGCGUAUAAUGCUGGUUUUCGACCUGUUCCACGAAUCCUAUGACUCGGAAAGCGCACAUGUCGCCGAGCAAAACAAACUCUCCGUCAGCAUGGUAUCAUUAUCCACAGAAAUUGUCCUCGUUAACACGACGCGGUACAUUCAGGAUGAAGUCAACGAGUCUAUCCGGUUGUUGCAUGAUCUCCAUGGCUUUGGGAGCCGGCCGCCUUUCACUGUCGAUCAUGCGCAUGGCAACAUCCCAACAUAUCCGAAUCCACGGUGGUGUCGAUAUCUUGGGGCUGAGAACAAGUGAAGACCCCUAGAAAACACAAACGUUAGGAAAUGCUGUGCCAAGGGGAGGGGUAGGCGCAGCCCACACAUUUCCCAUUGCAUACAACAGUCACUGUCGACCCAUCGGAGUAGAUAUCGUGAUGAACACCGCACUGUUCAGUACAUUCGUCGCGGAUGACCCCAUUGCACUCGGUACAGGUCGUUCGCUUCCAUGAGCACAUCCUGGUGGGCGGCUAAGACGAGGUUUGGUUGGUUUUGAUCGUGCGUUUUGCCAUAGGCAUUACCUACCUGCGUAGCUGGACACGAUGACGAGCUUGGUUUCCGUCUGCAAAAUUACUGUAUUGACAUGACUCUUUGUAUUUUCUGCACUUUAUCACUUUAUCUGAAUUUAAUCAGUGAUUGUAAUGGAAAUGAAGGGCGAGCCAAAUCUCAGGACAGCGACGUUUACUACUUAUAUAGAUCUAUACAGUGAAGUGCAGGCUAAUU